AUGACAUCUCAAAUUUUUAAAAAUUCAGAAUUAAUAAAAAAUAUACCAUUAGAGUUUUUGGGAUUCCAUGGUCCAAUUACUGUACUUGUAUUUUUUAACGAAUUUAUUUUAUUUGCUGGACAAGGACCAUAUAUUAAAAUUUAUGAUGUUAUGCAAGGUUUUCUUAUAUACGCAGCAAGAAUUUUUAAAAAAAAUCAAAUACAUGGAAUAGUAUAUGCUAAAAGGAAUAAAUUAGUUAUUUGGGGCGGUAAAGACUUUUGUAUUGUUAAUUUAGAUGAUUUAUUUAAUAACACUGACUUUGAUGUUUGCGUUGUAUCAGAAUGGAUUUUUGACGUAAAACCGUCUUUUGAUAAGUCAUAUAUAUGGUUAACAACAUCUCGCAAUAAAGUAUAUGUUUAUGAUAUUCAAACAAAAUCAUGUAUUCAAGUAUUUUCGUGUAAUGAAAAUCCUCUCUUAUACAGUUCAAGUUUAUACAUUCAUUAUAAUGGCUCUGUUACAGUUGCUUCUGCAACGAUAUUUAAUGAAAUUCAAAUUUGGCAUAUUAGUCCUUACGAGUUUUUUAAUAAAAAAAACAUUUUAAUACAUGUAGCUCAUCGUUUAAAAGAACAUGAGGGAGCUGCUUUUAAAGUUAACUUUUCUAACGAUGGGAAAUUACUUUGUAGUUGCUCAGAUGAUAGAAGCAUUAAAGUAUGGGAUUUGAAUACAGGAAAAUGUAAAGCUACUGGAUGGGGUCACAAUUCUCGUGUCUGGGAUGUAAAAUUUAUUGAUAAUGAUAAUUCUAGACUUAUUAGUGUAUCAGAAGAUACAACAGCUAGAGUAUGGAAAAUGAUACAUAAAUCAAAAUUAAAACAAAAUUCUGUAUAUAGUGGUCAUGAAGGAAAAAAUGUAUGGUCAGUUUCUGUUUUUAAGAAUAUAUUUGCAACAGGAGGAAGUGAUGGUAAAAUACGUUUAUGGGAAAUAAACGAUAAAGUUAAAAUUCAGCACCAUAUAACUGCAGAUGAUAUCAAAAAUGCAAUUAAUAGUUUACCUAACAUAUUAUAUGACACUUUUCGUAGUUAUGUUUUAAUUAAUUCUUUUCAAAUUCUAAUUGUUUCAGUAUUUGGCAAUGUUUUAAUAUUUAAUAUUAAAACGAAAAAAUUUAAUUAUUUAUUUUAUGAUUCUGAUCUCAGCAGUUUUUCUAAGGUUUCUCUUUGGUCUAAAACAAAUUUUGUGAAUAUUUCAGACAAAUUUGGCAAUAUAUAUAUACUAGAUAUAAAAAAUAAUUUAUCUGUAAAGCUUUAUUUUAAUACAUUAUUACUUAUUUUAUCUAGAUCUCAAAAUAUCAUAUAUCUAAUGAAAAAAUACAAUCUUUAUUUCCUAUAUUUUAUAAUGUCUAAUUUUAUAUAUGAAAAAAAUGAUAUUAUUUCUAUUGUACCAAUGGAGUUAACUGCUGCUGUUAUCAGUUUUGAAGCAAGUUUGGUAUUUCUUGGAUUUAGAACCGGUUUUUUAAGUAUACAUCGUUUAGAAGACUUUGGGAAAGGACUUCCUAGUGUUUAUAUAAUCAAGGAUUUAUAUAAAGAAAAUGCUUUACAUACAAUUAUUUUACACCCAUAUGAAAAUAACUUAUUGAAUAAAAAGUUAGAAAUAACAACGAUUGGACAUAAUUGGAUGUAUUAUAUAUUAGAAUUAACAUUUAAUAGUCAUAAUAAUACAAUACAAAUUGAAAAAAAACACCAUGAAAAAUGCAAUAAACAUGGAGUAGAGGGAGGUUUUUAUUUGAAAGGAGAUUUAAUACUUUAUGGAUUCAAAAAGCUUAGGUUUUUUAUAUGGAAUCAGUCAAAAGAUUUUGACAUAUUUUCAACAAUAUGUGGUGGACAACAUAGACAUUGGAGUAUAUAUUUUUCGUAUUCAAAAAAAAUAGAAAAAAAUUCAACAUUUGUUUUUACUAGAUCAAAUUCAAUCAUCACUUGUCAUUUUUCUUUAUUAUCUCCUUUUCAGAGUUUUCAAAAGAUAAUUCUUCAAGAAGGAAGACAUGGUAGAGAAAUCAGAACUAUGGCAUUUCAUCCUAUUUUAUAUCAGAAAAAUACAUUAUUAUUUUUAACAGGAGCCGAAGACACUACAGUAAGAUUAUCAAAAUUGUACAUUACUAAAUAUAGUGAAAUUAUUAAUAUAUAUCGCGUAAAGCAGCAUACAGCGGGCGUUGAAAAAGUUUCUUGGUCUAAAAAUGGUAUAUUUUUUUUUUCAUGCGGAGGAGCUGAAGAAUUUAUAACUUGGAAAUUUUCAAUAAAAAGUUUAAAUCAAAUAAGGAUAAUUGAUCAUGCAGUUUGCCCAGUAAUUAAUAAUGGGCGGAAUGUUCGUAUUAUAGAUUUUUGCAUAGUAGAACUUAGUAAUAAAAAUAACUAUUUAAUUAUAAUGGCAUGUUCGGAUUCAUCAAUUAGGGUCUGGCUAUUUCAAUCUAAAAAAUCAAAAUACAAUUUAAUUUCAAAUGAAAAAUAUUCUACAAGAUGUCUUUUAAAUGUUAUUUGUAUUUCAGAGAAAUCUUAUUGUUAUCUAUUAGUAGCUUCUACUGAUGGAUUUAUAACAAUAUGGAAUAUAAGCAAUUAUGUUAAAUCAUUAGAUAUUAACAUAAUUCAAAACAAUUUUUUCCCUCCUCCCAUUUGGAAGAAUCAAUUACAUCAAUCAAGUAUUAAAUCGAUGAUAUUAACUCAUAUAAAAGACGAAAAAUAUUUAUUAGUUACAGGAGGUGAUGACAACAAAAUAAAUUUAACAGAAAUUAUUAUAAAAUUAGAUUCAGAUUCUUAUAAAAUAUCGUGUAAUAUUAUUAUGAAUAAACUUAAUGCGCAUGAUUCAUCUAUAACUGGUUUAGUAUUUAGCAGAUCAGGACUAUUAAUUUCUAUAGCAACUGACCAAAAACUAAAAAUAUGGAAAGUUAGUUCAUCACAACUAAUUUUUCUUUCAGAAUUUUAUACAUAUGUUGCUGAUCCCAGUGGAAUUUCUAUUGCUAAAAUCUUAGAUAGAGAAAUAUUAGUUAUUUAUGGAAUUGGAUUAGAAAUUUUUUCAUUUAAUACAUUGAUUUCUACAUAA